AUAAGUGACACAGGUCUCUACAGAAAUCCGCGCCAUGCGUCUCUCGUGCAACAUGGCGACCGGUAAGGGGUUAGCAGUGAUUUUUCGACCAAAAACCAUCAAUUUAAUUAGUAAUAAUAAGUUUAACAAAUUAUCCUGCAAUGCACUACAAUAUUGUAACUCGUGUCAACGGCAUGUAGUAACUGUCAGCAACUGGAACUACGGAAGAGCAGAAAAAAAUAACAUAGGGAGGAUAGUCCAACCACACAGAUCCAUACAUUUAACUAAUAAAUUGUACGCAAAACGUAACUAUUACGAGAUCUUAGGUGUCUCAAAAAAUGCAUCUGCAAAAGAUAUAAAGAAAGCAUAUUAUCAGCUUGCUAAGAAAUAUCAUCCUGACACAAAUAAAGGAGAUCCAGAUGCUAGUAAGAAGUUUCAGGAGGUUUCUGAGGCUUAUGAAGUAUUAAGUGAUGAUAUCAAAAGAAAGGAAUUUGAUACAUGGGGUGCUACCUCUGAGCAAAUGGGAAUGGGUCAAGGUCAGAAUGCUAGAAACUAUAAUGCACAUUGGCAAUAUAGAUCAACCAUCAAUGCAGAGGAGUUGUUCAGAAAAAUAUUUGGUGAUGCUGGAUUCCAAAGUAAUGCUUUUACUGAUUUUGACGACUUUGCAGAGUCGAAAUAUGGUUUUGGAGCAGCACAAGAAAUUAUAAUGAAUUUAACUUUUUCCCAAGCUGCAAGAGGUGUGAAUAAAGAUAUUGAUAUAAAUGUAGUAGACAUUUGCCCAAAGUGCAAUGGUUCACGCUGUGAACUUGGUACCAAGCCAGGAAAGUGCUUUUAUUGUAAUGGCACAGGAGUGGAAACAAUAAGCACAGGUCCUUUUGUAAUGAGUUCGACUUGUCGAUACUGUCAAGGCACAAGAGUGCAUAUCAAGUUUCCUUGCGAUAAUUGCGACGGAAAAGGACAAUCGGUGCAACGUAAGAGAGUGACGGUACCAGUUCCUGCUGGCAUAGAGGACGGCCAAACAAUUCGUUUGGCAGUAGGAAGGAAGGAAGUGUUUGUGACAUUCCGCGUGGAGAAGUCUAGGUACUUCCGUCGAGACGGAUCUGACGUACAUACCGACGCAGAAAUCUCGCUUGCGCAAGCAGUUCUUGGUGGUACGAUAAGAGUGGAGGGUGUAUACGAGGAUCAGACUAUACAAAUAGUACCGGGUACAUCGUCGCACACGCGCAUCCGUCUAAGUAGCAAAGGCUUGAAGAAAGUCAACGGAGUGGGUUACGGAGAUCAUUAUGUGAACAUUAAGAUAACCGUGCCUAAGAAACUAACCAACGAGCAGCAGGCACUAUUGCAAGCAUACGCUGAACUCGAAAUCGGUACCCCUGGCAAUAUAUUUGGUGUAACAAAUAAGACCGAUGGUACAAAGCAAUGCUAUACAGGUCCGUUGCACUUGGUAGAAUCUAUACGAAUAGCACUGGGGAAUACAUCUGAUCAGAAAGAACAGUCUUCAUCUUCUGAGCCCGAGCAUCCAGGAGACAAACCUAUAAACAAUAGGUCUGUGCAUGCCACUAAAGAUACGUCAAGUACCAAUAGAAAAAAUGAAACUGAUGUUAAAACAAAACGACAGAAAAUGCCGUAAGAACGCUAUUACGAUUACCUAAUAGUCUAUAGUAAUUUAGAAGAUGUUAUUCUUGCGUCGUUACAAUGUUGCCGACAAAUACGAGACUACAUGCGCUAAUAUCAGUUCUACAAAUGGGCAUCAUAAGGGAUCAUGUACACUUUCGAUCAAAAUAAAACAAGCACGAAAACUGAAUGAUUUGCUGAACUCGUGGAUAUCUUUAUGAAGUAAUAAAUGAAGCCAACCUAGUGCCGCUUAAAUAAUCUAGCUGUACAGUCGUAUAUAAUAAAUUAUACGUGUCUUCGUUUGUUACAUUUCUUACUUAAACGAGAGCAUAGUCAAAUAAAGUGUACAUGAAGAUACAGAUGGCAGAGUUAUCUAUAUUAUUAAUAAUGGUGCGCAUAUUUGUAAAUUAAUAAAUACUAUAUAACGUGA